AUGCCAGAUACCACGAACUUCCUGGGCGGCUUCGUCGCUGGAACUAAGUUCAUGAUGGCCAAUGGCGAACCGCGCGCAAUCGAAAAUGUUCUUGUGGGUGAUAAGCUAAUGAAAGAUGAUGGAACAGCUGUUGAGAUAAUUGCUGUGCCCUGUCAAGUCACCGAUACAGUGAAGAUUCGUCAAACUAGUAAGCACACUGCUCAUCUUAGAGACUCUAACCGUAAACCUCCUUGGGGACUUCUUGACUUUACAUGUGCAUGGCGCCAAUCAUUGAACUUUGGAACGUAUCAAGUCAAGAAGGACUCUUUUCGGAGUAAUGGUAAAAGGGUUAUCAGUAUUCACCAAAUGGCGGUUGCGAGAACCAAAGAUGGUCGAGAGAUCGCUCUAGUUAAAAAUAGGGACAAGCUUUUCAGACAUCAUGGUGACGAAUACGCAGCAAAUAAAUACAUUGCUGAAACAAUGGCUCCAUAUCCUGAUCAGUUGAUAUUCUGGGAUUGCGAAGUGGGUGAUUUGGAGUACCUGACCUCAGCACCAAGAACUUCAACUUGUCUGAGCUACUAUCCGCUUUAUUUCGAGAAUCAUGUCUUGCAAUCUUGGUUAGAAAAACAUUUUGACCGGGCAGUAACACAGAAAGCAUUGGAAGGUAUGGCAUGGUUACUUGGAUUUUGGGUAGGCGAUGGUCACCGAAGAGGUCCAAUGUUUGCAUUGCAUUCAGGGGAUCAUGAUGUCAAUGGCCGCCUCAAAAGAAAUGCCGAACUGUGGGGUAUGGAUUUGAUAAUUAAAAAGGAAGGUCCAAGUGAUGGCUAUAAAGCUAUAGGAUACUUGCACACUUACAGUGGAACGUUGCGCAAUUUGUAUCAUAAAAGUCCAAUUUGUGAAGUUCUAUCUGGUUUAGGAUUUUGGGAAAAUGGACGUCGAGGAGCAGCUAAAAGAGUUCCAAAAUUCUUGAGUACUGAUCAAAGAAUUGUUCGAGAAGCUUUCUUAGCCGGUUUAAUCGACUCUGAUGGAUGCACACGAAUCCAGGAUAACCUGAUCAGAAUAAAAAUCGUGACAGUUCUACCUUCCGUACGUGAUGCAAUUUACGCUAUAGCACGCUCACUAGGUUUGAAUGUUACGGUUUUUUUUUACCACGAAAGAAUGCACAAGCUUGGAUACCACGAAAGUGAUGCUUGGACCUUUAAUCUAUUCAAAGGAACAAACCUAGACACCUUGCAGUCUAUUCUAAGUCGGUGCUCCUGCGAAAGGAAAAGAAAUCCACCGAUUCAAUUAGCGAAAACUAGGGAUGUUGAGGAGUUUGAAGAUCAGGAAGAUGAGGAAGAUCAGAGAUCUUCUAUUCGAAAAGAAAUGCUUGCCGAAGAAGAUUCUAACGAUUCUGAUGAUUCCUGCUAUUUGUCAGACGAUGAAGAAACCGCUGUAUUUGAAAUUGACACUACAGACACCUACUUUGAGAAGCAUCAAGGACUCACUGGCGAAGACAUCAUUUUGAAUCCAAACAGGGUCACAUUUACCAUGGAACCAAAUGGUAAGCAGGAAGUAUUUGGUUUGGUGUGCUCUGAUGAUUGCAAUCUUUUAACAUCUGAUCAAGUCGCUGUAGGAAGCUCAAAGUUAAUAGGGGAAAAUGAUAGUGAUCAGGUAAAUGCCGUCACAGGUUGCAUAUCAUGUAAAAGUACGCGUACGCCCGAGUGGUAUCGAUUGCCGUGGGAUAAGUUGACGUAUCACCGUAUCUGCAAGCCAUGCGCACGCAGCUUUAGAAGCUUGUUACUGAAAUGCUAUAAAAGUGACUGCAAUCAUAUUUUAAAACAAGCUCAACUCACUUCAUUCAGAAGAUCAAGAAUUGCCAAAGUUAGGAAACAAAUCGCGGGAAGUCAAAUUACAGAAGGAUACCCCUGCACAAAAUGCAGAGAUGGGAUUUACGUCAAGAUGGGUGACGACGACGACGACUAG